UUAUAUGGUUGUGUAUUAAACGUUUCAUUCCUGGAUCCUAUAUCUAUGUGAAUUAUCAGCAUUCGUAAAUGAAAUUAUACAGUUAUUUCGUCUUUGCAGUUUAUACAUGCACUUAAUGAUACAUGUAUUCGAAACAAUAUAAAUAUUGGUAUUUUCUGGAAUUAUAAUUGACUAGUGUUUAAUUAUUCGUAUUGUUAUAACAGUACACUCAACGCAUACGUGCUUUUAACAAUCAUGAUUCGGAGAUGUCAAUUAGUAGGUGGCGCAACUGUCAUAGCUUUAGUAAUAUUGCUUAACGUGUUCAAUGUUGAUGCCGGAGAAUGCUGUCGCUCGCAUCGCGACCUCUACCAAAUGUACCACUACCAGACCUGGUGCCCGGACUAUUGCUGUAUUUCCGGUGGGAUCGCGCGCAAUCUCGAGUGCUGCUCGGACAUCUCGCGGCGGACGUUCCCUAGUGACAUCGACCGAUUCUGCGCGGCUUGGUUUAUAUAUCCCCAUAAUGUAUGGGUGCCCGUGAUAAUUGGGCUGGUUAUUCUGGGAAUACUCAUCGGAAUAUGUGUUUGCUGCUGCCGCUGCUGUUUCAUCUGCUGAGCUGAAAUCUUUAUUCUGCGCUUACUGAUGGUCUACCUUUGGUAUCUGUUUUGAUAGACAGUCUGUUUUCACGAAAUUUUGUACUUAAUAUACUACCAAAAUU